GACGGCUCAGCAUCAUCCCAUCUCUUUCUCUCUUUCUAUCUCUCGCUGCCGAUCCUCUGCUUCUCCCUCUUCGCGUUCUUUUCUGUUUUGGUCGGUUGCCUUGGAGACGACGGACUGAUGCUCAUGGAUGCCUAAGAGCAGCAUUUGGAACAGAUAAAAAGUGGAUGAUGCAAGGGAAGGUAGCCAACAGCUCCUGAAGCGUCAUUAAUAUUAACAAACUUUUCCAUGGCUAACAGAACUUUUCUGCCAAAAAUUCUUCAAUCUUCGCGAUGGACGCCAAAUUCAACAAUUCUAGCAAAAGGGACCGCUUUCAUCAAUUGUUCCUCCAUUGCAGACCCUGUUACGCCUCGGAAAGAAUCAUGGGUGAUACCAUUGGUGGUGCUCUGUACCAUCAACAUGACGGCGAUAGUUCUAUUCGAGGCGUACGUUUUGUACAAGUCAUGCGGUAGCCGGCGGCAUCUCUUUUUAGGACAAAUUCUUCUGCUGGGACUGUUUCUGUGUUCCCUGUUGGGAUUUGCUUUUGUGCCUUCACCAAAUUGGUUUACAUGUGCCAUCACCAGAGCAGGAGUUGGGCUGGCUUACGUCAUGGUCUUCGCGACCCUCCUGGUGAAAUGUGUUUUUCUUCUCAGCCUGCAUAUUGGAGUGUACUUGAGUGCUGCGUAUCAAGGCCUUUUGCUGUUCUUCGCUAUCGCAGUGCAGUUGGUAAUAGCUGUACAGUGGUUGGUAUAUCGGCCAUCGACAGCUGUAUUGAUGGAUCUAGCUUCUUGCAGCGCUAUCUGUGCUACACCUGUUUCUGACACUAUUGCUUCUCUCUCCUACAACAUGUUGUUGCUGAUGGGAAUCGUAUUGUUGGCCAUCCGUGCAAGGACAGUGCCAGAGAACCAUGGGGAAGCAAUGUACAUCGGAGUAGCUGUUGGAGUGACCGUGCCCUUAUGGAUUGCCUGGACGGUGACUGCAAGUGUCACCAAUAUCCGUCACCACGAUCCAUGCUUGGCUUUUGGGGUGGUAGUGACGGCCAGCGUCAUCUUCUUGGUGAUGUUCCUUCCGAAGGCUCGUCAGCUAGCAUCCAUGGGUCGAGGUGGCAUCUACACUGAUGACGGGUUCUCAUCUGUCAAUCAAUCAAUCUACACGCCUUCUUUCCUGCAUUUGAAGCCUCCUAUCUUGCCUUUCGGGAAGCAGGGCACGCUUGUCAAGCCCCUCACAUCAACAUUUCCUACCCAUCCAGCCGACCGCGGUUAUUUUGUGCCGCCCCUGCAACCCUCGUCUCGUCUGUGGCGUUAUUCGCAUCAUCCAACGCUCCUGUCACUGCCACCUCCCCUUCACCCUUCCCCCGAGGAUAUUUGUUAUUCCAGUGAUCGAUAUCUGUUCGGUCCUCCUGGAAUGAAGCUGUAUAGAUCACCCUUGUAUUGACAACGAACGCGCUCCAUCAUUGGUACUGCCUUCAUGUAUUAGCGACGCUGCUGUUAUUUUAUUCUACAUUUUGUUAUGUUGCUUAUUUGUCGUCAUCAUGAUUAUAAUGGACUUUUCAAUAAAAUCAUUUGAAUCAAG